ACAACCAUCAUAACCCAACAUCCCACUGACCGAAGUAGCCAAUUUUGUGUCAGCAGAUGGAUGGUUCAGGGGAAACCGUGAUGGAUUUGGCGGUGCGUAACUUCUCGUUGAAUGAGAGCAGUAACAUAACAGCUGGCUUUGGCGGGCCGCCGAGACAUUACAGAGACCAACAGGCAGUAUAUUACUUCAUUCAUGCCUAUGUCCUACCCAUAAUCGUUUUCAGUGGGUUGAUGGGGAACAGUUUAUCAUCGUACGCGUUUCUCGAGAAAGGUUUACGAAAUAUAUCGUCUAGUGUUUAUGUCCAAGCCGUACUUAUAUCAGAUACUGGCGUUUUAAUUUCGUUACUGUUCGUUUGGCUGGAGGUUCUAGGUUACCGCUUCAAUCAUAUGCCAAAUCUGUGUCAGUUCCUUGUCUACUGGGGGUAUAUCUGUACAUUCCUGUCAGUCUGGCUUGUAGUCUGUAUCACCGUUGAGAACUAUGUAACGAUCUGUCACCCGGCUCGGAUCAGAUCGAUGUGUACAGUGCGACGUGCGACUAUGGUCACCACUUCAUUGGCGUUCUUUGCCAUGGUCGCCUACUUGGUGUCAUUUUUUACUACUACUGUACAAGUCUACAAAGUGGGUGGCAGAAACAUUCCCAUGUGUCUGCCGUCCCCCGAGCUUCGUGACAUUGCGUCCAUGGUUGCCUACAUCGACACCUUUAUCACACUCCUAAUUCCACUGAUCUUGAUCACACUGAUGCUUGUCGCCAUAUCCCUUGCAAUUUGUCGGUCCAUACAAAACAAGCGGAAACGGAGUGCCUUGAAAUCAUCUAAAAGCAAAAUGAAAAUGUCAACCAUCCCUCAGGUGAGGGUCGCCAAGAUGCUUGGUGUGUUAUCGGCUACUUUUCUUCUGCUGAAUGCGCCAAGUCACAUUACCAGACUGUAUCUGAGCUUCCGUCCAAGUGCCUCAUCUAGUGUCACCUUCAGGGAAGCGUUUGUACAGCUUGCUCUGCAAUUUCUUUAUUAUUCAAACUUUUCAGUGAAGUUCCUUCUGUUCUUUAUUUGCAGUAGAAAUUUUCGUAAGUCCUUUAGCAGAUACUGUAAACCUGCUUGCUUAACCACUUCCGAAAAAUAUUCCACAGUUAACUGUGAAACAACAGAAAUUGACAAUAUCCCAAACGGGGUAGAAAUUAAGGACAGAAAAUCGGAGGAAGAUUAAAUCGCAGAUAAGAAGAAAAAAGGCUCUGUGAGUGUUUGGUGCUUGGUUUGAUCAUGGUAGGGAUUCAGACAUUUGACAGACGUAUCAGCAUACUGAUAGGACACAAAGAAAGUCAAUCAAAAUUGUCGAAUACCAGCUGCAUCUAAAUAUUUUCGUGUUAUAAUCAAUGAAAAGUGUCUUUGUUUUGUUUACAUUUACUAUUGUCAUCCUGAUGUCCAAACAUAAGAAAACUGUCUUAGUUGAUGUACAACAUUUUCUUUAUUCCAUCUCUUUAAAAACAAUUGUUACUAAUUAUUUUACUACAUUGUAUAUAUGUUUUCAACAAAUGCGUUCUCAUGUAUCCCUUGUAAAUUAUACUUCCCAAUGCAUUUAAUUUUGCUAACAGAAAAACGAAAGAGAGGAAUAAAAGUUAUUUCAUGAGCAGAUAGUAUAUAUAUUGAU